AUGGCGGACAUUGCUACUACCACGGGGAACAAAAAGACAGACAAUACUGCCACCGACGUGGAAAAAGUCACGUCUAUCGACGACCACAAUGUUGUGGAGCUAGUCAAAGCCGAUACAGACAACGUCGAUGAGGCUUAUGCCGCUUUCCAAGGCCAUGGAGAGAUCACGGUCGAUGCAGCGACCGACAAGCGUCUCCUUCGCAAAAUCGAUAGAUACAUCUUGCCUAUUAUGUGUCUGAUUUAUGGCAUGAACUACCUGGACAAAACCACCCUGUCAUAUUCCAGUGUCAUGGGCAUCAUAACAGACAUCAAGCUUGUCGGAGACAACUAUCAGUGGCUGGGCUCCAUCUUUUACUUUGGCUAUCUGGGAUUCGAAUGGCCUACAGUCCGAUUACUCCAGAGGUUGCCUAUCGCCAAGUAUUCUGCCUUCUGCGUCAUCGCCUGGGGGGUCAUCCUUACACUCUUCUCGGUUAUCCAUAACUUCGCCGGAGCAGCCGCUCUACGGCUUUUCCUUGGUAUUUUCGAAGCUGCGGUCACACCGGGCUGGACCUUGAUCACUUCCCAGUGGUACAAGAAGUCCGAACAGGGGGCGAGGACCUGUGUUUGGUUCAGCUUUAAUGGCGUUGCUUCGAUCGUCGGCGGUUUCAUUGCGUAUGGCCUUACUGUUGGAGGGGAGAACGGCCAUUUUUCGAUCGCCGCCUGGAAGGUCUUGUAUAUUCUCACCGGUCUAUUAACCGUGGUUUUAGGAAUUAUCUUUUACGUCGUUGUGCCGGAUAACCAGCUCAAGGCCCGUUGGCUUAACGAGGAAGACCGGAUUCUAGCGGUUGCACGUGUCCGAGAAAACCAGCAAGGAAUUGGCAACAAGCGCUUUAAAACGUAUCAAUUGGUCGAGGCUUUAAAAGACCCCUUUACCUGGGCUAUCGUCAUCCUCAGUUUAGCUGGAAAUAUCCCUAACGGUGGAAUCUCAAACUUUUUCAGCCUUCUGAUUGUCUCUUUUGGAUAUAAUGCGAAACAAUCCCUGCUUCUUGGUACCCCGUCAGGUGCCGUCGAAAUUGUUACACUGCUCGUUACUGGUUGGCUCGGGGACAGAUGUAAAAACCGCUUGUUAAUCUCUCUUGGUGGUGUCGGCCUUGCAACCUUUGGAAGCAUUUUACUUGUGGCACUCUCGGACGGUGCUAAAGUCGGCAAGCUCUUUGGCUUCUAUUUGACUCUGGCUGCACCAUCAGGUUUCGUCAUCAUUCUGAGUCUCAUUUCGUCCAAUAUUGCAGGAUACACCAAGAAGACUACAAUCGCAGCAAUGUAUCUCAUCGCCUACUGCGUCGGCAACAUUGUCGGACCUCAAACCUUCCGUCCUAAAGAUGCGCCACACUAUUACCCCGCCAUUGUCACCAUAUUCGUUUGCUAUAUGAUUUGUAUUUUGGAUCUCGUCUUCAUUUGGUGGUGGUUCCGCAGGAUGAAUGUGAAGAAGGCGGCCAUCCGAGCUGAUCCCUCCUACGCCAAGGUGGCAAACUCUGAGUGGCUUGACCUGACGGAUGGAGAGAAUCCGGAGUUCAUAUAUACCUUGUGA